AAAUGAUCCGCUCUAACCAAUUAUUAUUCCAACCAAAGCGGACACAAAGAACUGAUCAAACAAAACCGAUAUUCAUGCUUAUCACUCACUCUUAAUUCCGAUUCAUUAGGAAACUAUUAACAUUAAACACUUUAAUCAUCGAUCUCUUUUAAUCAUCCUCCUAUAAUUUUAAUCACAUUUCACUUUGCUAAUUAAACUCAGAUUAUUACAUAACUAUGGCUCUCUCCAGGGCUGGUAUAGACUCAGAUGGCUCUGUUCAUUCUACAUUCGCCUCUCGUUAUGUUCGAACUUCCCUUCCCAGGUUCAGGAUGCCUGAUAAUUCUAUUCCGAAGGAGGCAGCGUUUCAAUUCAUAAACGAUGAGCUAAUGUUGGAUGGAAAUCCAAGGCUUAACCUCGCGUCGUUUGUGACGACAUGGAUGGAACCUGAGUGUGAUAAGCUUAUCAUGGCUUCUAUUAAUAAGAAUUAUGUUGACAUGGAUGAGUAUCCUGUCACCACUGAAUUGCAGAACCGAUGUGUAAACAUGAUAGCACAUCUGUUUAAUGCGCCACUUGGAGAGUCGGAGACAGCAGUUGGAGUAGGGACUGUUGGAUCUUCUGAGGCAAUAAUGCUUGCUGGUUUAGCUUUCAAGAGGAAGUGGCAGCACAGGAGAAAAUCUGAGGGAAAACCAUUUGAUAAUCCUAACAUUGUCACUGGUGCCAAUGUUCAGGUCUGCUGGGAGAAAUUUGCAAGGUACUUUGAAGUGGAGCUGAAAGAGGUGAAACUAAGGGAAGGCUAUUAUGUGAUGGACCCCGAACAGGCAGCGGAAAUGGUUGAUGAAAACACAAUCUGUGUAGCUGCUAUCCUUGGAUCUACUUUAAAUGGAGAGUUUGAAGAUGUCAAGCGUUUGAAUGAUCUUUUGGUUGAGAAGAACAGCCAAACUGGAUGGGAUACUCCAAUUCAUGUAGAUGCAGCAAGUGGUGGAUUUAUUGCACCAUUUCUGCAUCCAGAACUUGAGUGGGAUUUUAGAUUACCAUUGGUGAAGAGUAUUAAUGUGAGUGGUCAUAAGUAUGGACUUGUCUAUGCUGGUAUUGGUUGGGUCAUUUGGAGAAGCAAAGAUGAUUUGCCUGAAGAUCUCAUCUUCCAUAUUAAUUAUCUUGGAGCUGAUCAGCCUACUUUCACUCUCAAUUUCUCUAAAGGUUCUUGUCAAGUCAUUGCUCAAUACUAUCAAUUGAUUCGCUUGGGUUUCGAGGGCUACAAAAAUGUAAUGGAAAAUUGUAUAGACAACAUGCUAGUACUAAAAGACGGAUUGGAGAAAACAGGACGAUUCAACAUUGUAUCGAAAGACAUCGGAGUACCAUUGGUAGCAUUUUCUUUGAAAGAUAACAGCAAACACAAUGAGUUUGAGCUUACCGACAUGCUCCGGCGGUAUGGCUGGAUCAUUCCGGCGUACACCAUGCCACCGGAUGCACAACAUGUGACGGUGCUUCGAGUGGUGAUUAGGGAAGAUUUUUCUCGAACUCUUGCGGAACGUCUUUUGAAUGAUAUAGGGAAAGUGUUACAUGAACUUGAUUCUUUGCCAUCGAGACUUGAGACUAGGGUUUCAAUAAGUGCAGAUGAUAAAGUAGUUGUCAAGAAAACUGCUAUAGAGACUCAAAGAGAGGUAACCAUGGUUUGGAGGAAGUUUGUUAUGGAGAAGAAGAAGAUGAAUGGUGUUUGUUGAAAACAUUUUUCAUCAACCUAGCUACUAUAAAUCAUGAACUAAUUCUCUAUGUUAUUACAAUCUUAUUGCUUAUUUCCACAAUUUUGAUUCAUGAGAACUCCUUUUUUGUUUUUGUUUGAUGAACAAAAUCUAAAUAAUUUAAAUAUUAAUUUGUCAA